AUGCAUCUCUCAACCAAACACAAGUGGGAUCUGGAACAUGGCGGCGAUGACAAAGGUACUGUGUAUCCUGCUCAUAUGGCUGCCUACCAAGGCGAUCUCCAGGUACUACAGUCACUUGUAUCAAGAGGUAUUGCUGGUGUUAAUGACAGAGAUGACACGAACUGCACUCCUGCUCAUAAAGCUGCCGGGAAUGGACACGUAGAAUGUGUACGGUGGUUGAUGGAGAUGGGAGCUGAUAUGAGCCUCCUAAAUGCAGCAGGAGAGACUCCUAGAGAUGUUGCUAGACGCUAUGGCCAACUAGGUUGUGCCAGUCUCUUGGGCAGUGAACCAGAUGAAGAGCCUAGUGAAGAUGCCCAGAUGGAGUGUGAUGAACAGUCUCAGGAAAGAGCACUUCACAGACUCGAAGAGCUGACAAAGCUGUUGGAAAUGGCGAAGACCAAUUAUCACCAGUUGGGUGGCUUGUUGGAGGACGAGAAGAGACAGAAAGAACAGGAUACUGAAAGUGCAAGAAUAAUUGAUGAUUUGACAAGUCAAUUGCAACUUGAGCGGGUCAGGAGAGAAAAGCUGGAGGCACAAGUAGAUGAACUCAAAGGCGAGCUGUACAGUACAAGACUCACAGAAAGCAGCCGAACGUCUCUCCCUCUCAUUCACUCCCGAACCACCUCAGCACCCAGAAGUGCACAUUCUAAGCAACACCAAGAAGAGAAACCAAGAGGAAAGAAAUCCGUGAAGGGAGUCACUAGACAGAGACUGAGUGCGGAACCAGGAGUUUUCUUGAUUCGAAGUAGCUUGUCACCUGAAACUGCAGUGUCUAGACGACAAUACUAGAGACAUUAAUAGUACUGUAAGUACCUCCUAGACUUCUGGAGUUUAUCUCUUUUGCUCUCAUUUCAUCUGUUUACCUUUUAUUUCUAUUAGAUUAGUCUAGUGAUUACACCUGAACUACAACAUAUUGUAUACAAUAUCCAAUGUGGAUGAACAACUCAAACUCUACUGAUUUUCGAUGAUACUAAA